AAAAUCCAAAAUUUGUGUAAUGUUUAUGAGUCGGCAUUAGUUAUGUGUCGUUUAAAUUUUAUUUCAUUUAAUUUUGGAAGUUUAAGAAGAGAAUUACUUUGAUUUUAUCAUAAAUAUUGAUUAAUCUUUUAUUAUUAAUUCUUUUUACAGAACUGUUGUUACCUAAGAUGAACAUUUGUCAAUCUUGUGAUUAUGUGUACUUGAUUUUACUAUGAAAGCAAUAAUCAUACUUUUUUAAGAUCAUAUUUGAGUAAUUUUAAAUCGAAGAAAUCAAGAGAAAGCAUGAUAGAAAUCAAGAUUUUAUGCCCGAUUUAUUGCAUUUUUGAUGAAGGUCCUGAUCUGCUAUGGAGGAUGAUGCACCUAUCAUAUAUGGUUUGGAAUUCCAAGCUCGAGCAUUAAGUGCUCAGACAUCUGAAACAGAUGUUGUUCGAUUUCUUGUAGGAACACAGUCUUUGAAAUUUGAAAAUCAGAUUCAUCAACUUGAGUACGAUGAAGAAAAUAACAGUAUUGUUAAGACUGUCUACCUUCAUAAUGUUGGAGAAAUUUGGCAUUUAAGCACUUCUCCUUCUGAGACUAGUUUAUUGUCAACAUGCUAUAAUCAAAUAACACAAAAUGGAAAGUGUGAAAUGCAUGGUGCAAUUUGGAAACUUCCUCCUGUAUCUAAAACAUGCUAUAGUAAUGAUGAUACAUCAUCUUCAUAUCCAUCCCUUGAGCUUGUUGCAGAUUUAGAUAUAAGAGAUUCAGGUGGUGAAAUUAAAAGUAUUGUGUGGGAACCUGUAUCUGGAAAAAGGAUAAUAACAUUAAUGGAUUCUUCUUUUCAUUUAUGGGAUCUUUCUGAUGUUACAAAAGCUAUCCAACAGUCUCAAGUGCUCCCUGAACAGAAAGGUAGACAAAAGUUUACUGCGGCAAACUGGAAUCCACACCAGAAUUGCAAUGUAGUUGCUAUUGCAAUUGAUACAUCUGUGAGAAGUUGGGAUUUACGAACCAUGCAGACUGCAUGGUCAUUUGAAAAUGCUCAUGGUCAACUUGUUCGAUAUUUGGACUUUAACCCAAACAAGCAGUAUUACAUUGCUACUUGUGGUGAUGACUGCCAAACUAAAUUCUGGGAUGUGCGAAAUAACACUAAACCUCUUUUAGUGUUUUCAGAUCAUUCUCAUUGGGUAUGGUGCGUCAAAUACAACAGCUUUCAUGAUCAACUUGUUUUGACAUCUAGUAGUGAUUCGAGAGUUAUUUUGUCAAGAGCAGCCUCAGUAUCAUCAGCACCUUUUGGACAUUUAAUAGAAGAUGAUGAUGUUGAAGGCCAUGAUGACAGUUAUAAAUCUAACACUAAACCUGUAUCUGAUGGAGUAGUAUCUAUUUAUGAGGAGCAUGAAGAUAGUGUAUAUGCUGUGGAAUGGUCUAGUGCUGAUCCAUGGUUAUUUGCAUCACUGAGUUAUGAUGGACGAUUAGUAAUUAACAAAGUUCCUCGUGCUGAAAAAUAUCGAAUAUUAUUGUAAAUAUAAUUUAUUUCAAAUUAAUUCAAAAUAAAAUAAAUCCCAUAUUAGUAUUAUAUGA